GCUCUCAUUAAUCAAUUGCUUUGUAGUAAUCCAUCCAUGCACCCACCUCUCUUUCUCCCGAACAGCAAGAAGAUGAGCCAAGCCCAUGGCGUCUAUAAAAGAGAGCCCUACCCCCUCCAUCUCAAAAAUUUCAAUCCUUCCUCUUCCUUAGCUUAUUAGCUUCCUUCCUUCACUAGUGCCAGUUUUCCUCCUACGUAAUCUAAGCUAGCCAGGUCGUCAUCUUCUUCCUUCAGCUCACGCUGACCAAACACCAUCUGUUAUUCUGUUUGUUUGUUUUUUUUUAAAAAAAGAAAAAAAAUCUAGCUAGGCGAGCCGAUUGAAGGAGCUGAGCAUGCCGAGCAGCGGCGGCGCCAUGCCUGCCCUUCCACCAGGCUUCCGCUUCCACCCCACCGACGAGGAGCUCAUCGUUCACUACCUCAUGAACCAGGCCGCCUCCAUCAAGUGCCCCGUGCCAAUCAUCGCCGAGGUCAACAUCUACAAGUGCAACCCAUGGGACCUUCCUGGUAAGGCGCUGUUCGGCGAGAACGAAUGGUACUUCUUCAGCCCGAGGGACCGCAAGUACCCCAACGGCGCACGCCCCAACCGCGCCGCCGGCUCGGGGUACUGGAAGGCCACCGGCACCGACAAGUCCAUCUUGUCAACUCCGACGAGCGACAACAUCGGCGUCAAGAAGGCCCUAGUCUUCUACAAGGGCAAGCCCCCCAAGGGCGUCAAGACCGACUGGAUCAUGCACGAGUAUCGCCUCACAGGCACAUCAGCUAACAACACCACCACCACAAAGCAGCGUAGAGCAUCAUCCAUGACCAUGAGGCUGGACGACUGGGUGCUGUGCAGAAUCCACAAGAAGAGCAACGACUUCAAUUCCUCUGACCAACACGACCAAGAACCCGAGGGAUCAACCGUCGAUGAACAGCUUGAAGACAUCCAUGACAACAACUCUUCCUCUCAACAACCUCCUGCUCCACCUGACAUGAACAACCAACAGUCAGAUUUCCAGCCCAUGACGGCGAUGAGCAUGAGCAAGUCAUGCUCCCUCACCGAUCUCCUCAACAACCUCGACUGCGCCGCGCUCUCGCAGUUUCUCCUCGACGGCUCAUCCGACGCCAUCGCUGAGCUUCCUGCUCCUCCCAGCCCUCUAAUAUAUCCAAACCAAACACUAAACUAUAACAUCAACAACAACAUGCCACACGCCUUCGAGUCACGCCUAGAUCAUCACGAUGGUUACGUUAACAAUUAUAAUGUUAAUGGCCUAAGGAGGAAGAGAAUGAUGGCGUGUAGUGCAACUUCUUUUGAUGAUGGCAGCAGCAGCAGCAGCAGUGACUUUUUGCAUGUUGCCAAGAAACCGCUGCUGCUGCCAAGUGAUUCAAGGGGCAGUGGUUUUGGAGGAGGUUACUGCAACCAGCAGCUUUCAGAGACUGCGACUGGUUUUCAGUUUCAGAACGGCAAUAUGUUGAGCCAUCCAUUUCCUCUGAACCAGCAGCUACUGCUGAACAAUCAUCUGCAGAUGCAGUAGCUAGUAGGCGUCUAGAUCCGUUUACCGAUCGAUCUGAAGAGAGGUGAAUUAAUUUCAACGAAUGAAACUACAGAUUCAGAGAGGAAGAUACUGAUUGUUCCAUUUGGAUUUAUUUUGAGGAGUUGCAUGACAGAUAGACAAACAGACGGAAUUCUUGAUGUAACCCAUGCAAGGAAAGAUUCAGAUUUCUUCCUAUGGCAUUAAUUUGUGAGUUUUUUUUUGUUUUCAUUUUCAUGUACAAGAAUGUAAAUUAUAAAUGGUAAUAUCGUGCAAGCUAGUACUCAAGCCAAUUUAUAUGAUAAUCUUUAUGCAUGUUUCUUAAUUAUUCUGGUAUCAA